AUGGACGCAUAUGGCUUAAGAAUCUUGCUUACGUGUGGCAACCCUAAACUGAACGAUACCGAGGAGAAGUGGGGAGUGCGUCCACCUCAAAUCGGUUUUGUCAGCGCGUGGCCGCCGGGCGAGCCGCGCCGCCGCGUGGCCAUCACGGCCGACCCCGACGCGAUCCCACUGGUGGUCCAGAGCGGCCACCAGCUACCACCAUGUCGUAACAUGAUGGGUUACAACAGCCAGGGCCACGGAUACAACAAGUUAUUUACCCAGUUGUUCAGUCGAGUGCGCUGCGCCGCGCGUCGCAUAUCAUUCGUUUCAAAGACUUGGAUUUGGAAAGGCUGGUUUGACGGCAAUACGUUUGAAGAUUGGGUGGAAACCGUAGCCCUUCCAUACUUCAAUAAUAAAACUGGGAAAAAAAUAUUGAUAGGAGACAACCUGUCUUCACAUUUGUCUUUAGAUUUAAUUAAAAAAUGUCAACAACAAGAAGUACAUUUUGUAUUUCUGACACCGAAUUCAACGCACCUGACGCAGCCACUUGAUGUAGCCUUCUUUAGGCCUGUGAAAAUUGCGUGGCGUAACAUUCUCUUUACGUGGAAAAAAUCUGAAGGCCGGGUAAUGCCCACAAUACCAAAAAAUGUUUUUCCGAAAUUACUCAAGCAGUUACUAAAUAAAAUGGAACCAAAUACAAAACAAAAUAUUUUAGCUGGAUUUAUGAAAGCAGGAAUAAGCCCCCUGAAUAAAGACAAAGUACUCAAUAGAUUGCCUGGAAAUAACUUAAGACACGAAUUUUGUUUGGAAGAAAAAGAAGCAAUUGAUGAAUCAGUGUUGUCAUUGUUAAAGGAAAUGCGAUAUGGGCCAGAAAAUACUAGAACUAUUCGUAAACCAAAGAAAAUAAAUGUUAUACCUAGAAAAAGUGUAGAAGAUAGUGAUUAUGUAGAAAGCGAUAUUUCAAGUUCAAAUGCACUCUCGGAUGUUGAUUCACAAGUUGCGAAAGACCAACGCCAAAAAGACACACAACCAAAAAUACGCAUUUUAUCUGAUGUUAUAUACAAAGGAAAUAUGAAAAAAACUAUUGAACUUAAAGCUAGUGCUAAUCGUCUCAAAAAAUCUAAUUAUUAUGAGAAUAACUUGGAACCUUCUUUAAAACCUAAGCCUAGUAUAUGUGGUCUCAGAAGACCUAGGUACUAUAAGGAUGACGUGUAA